GCGCGCUGUUUCGCGGGAAAAAGGCAGGCCAGUCGAGCAAGAUCAUGUGAGAGUCCACGCGCCGAAAGAAGGUUACAGCAGCGAGCGAUAAGAGACAGUGAGCACCAGUACAGGAACGAGGUGGGAAGACCAGGAGUUCGCCACAAUACCUCAUUGUGAACAGUCACAGGAAGAAUACUUGUGCUACACGGAGUAAAUACGUUAACAAACUUAACCUAUUCGUUUGAUAUUUUGUUUGUUUCACAUACCAGCUAUUAGAAAACAUAUUAGGAUUUGUUGCUUUUACUUUCAACAGCUCCUUUUCGGAGCGAAAAAGCGUAUAUAAUCUUUAUAUUCCUUCGUUUUAUUUUCUUUACGUUGAGUUUUGCGACUCAAAUAUAAUAACAGCAAGAAUAUGAGAGCACAAAUUGAAGUAAUACCCUGCAAGAUCUGUGGGGACAAGUCAUCAGGGAUCCACUAUGGUGUAAUCACCUGCGAAGGCUGCAAGGGCUUCUUCCGACGCAGCCAGCAGAACAAUGCUAUAUACUCCUGUUCCCGGCAGAGGAACUGUCUGAUUGACCGCACCAACCGGAAUCGCUGCCAACACUGCCGGCUGCAGAAGUGCCUGGCCCUAGGCAUGAGCCGUGAUGCGGUGAAGUUUGGCCGCAUGUCCAAAAAGCAGAGAGACAGCCUGUAUGCUGAGGUCCAGAAGCACCAGGCGUCCCAGGAGUUAACUGCCGCCCGUGAGGAGGGAGGCGAGGUCGGAGGUCACAGCCGGGCAUACAGCAGAGGCUCCAGUGCCGCUCUCAGCGACCUUGAUGACAUCACCCUGCCAGACGGCCUGCUGUGUGACCUGCCCCUGACACCAGAGGGCGCUGAAAGAGAGUUCUGCAAUCUGGAAAUGAUGGGGGGAAGCGGGGGUAGCAGCUCCUCCUCUCAAAGCUCACCCGAACAGAACAGACUGGACUUCGGAGACAGCAACCACCACAUCAAGCACGAGUACCAGCUGCUGCACGAGUCCGGGCUGUUUACACACGCACUGCUCAACCCUCUACCCGAGGGAUUCUCCAUGCUCGAGAUUGAACGUAUAACUGCUAGUGUGGUAAAGUCUCACAUAGAGACCAGUCAGCACGGCAGUGAGGAGCUGAAGAGGCUUAUCUGGUCCCUGUACACCCCUGAGGAGACACGCAGCUUCCAGAGCAGGUCUGCGGAGGUCAUGUGGCAGCAGUGUGCCAUCCACCUCACCAAUGCCAUCCAGUACGUGGUGGAGUUUGCCAAGCGCAUCACUGGAUUCCUGGAUCUCUGUCAGAACGACCAGGUCAUUCUUCUCAAAGCAGGAUGUCUGGAUGUGCUUCUGAUUCGCAUGUGUCGCGCCUACAACCCCAUCAACAACACUAUUCUGUUUGAUAGCAAGUUUGCUAGCGCACAGACCUUCAAAGCUCUUGGUUGUGAUGACCUUGUGGGUGCUGUGUUUGACCUGGCCAAGAGCCUGAGUCGUAUGCAGCUCUCUGAAGAGGAGAUGGCUCUGUUCAGUGCUUCUGUUCUCCUGUCACCAGACCGACCAUGGUUGACAGACAGGCAACAGGUACAGAAGCUUCAAGAGAAAGUAUAUCUGGCUCUGCAACAUUGUCUACACAGAGGUGGCUCAUCAGAGGAGAAACUGGCAAAGAUGGUGUCCAAGCUUCCCAUGAUGAAGUCCAUCUGUAAUCUACACAUUGACAAGCUCGAGUUUUUCCGUCUGCUCCACCCGGAGACUGCAUUCAAUUUCCCCCCUCUGUACCGUGAGGUGUUCAGCAGUGAAAUCACCUUCCCAGACUCCACAAUGGACUAAAAAUCUGUUUAGCUAUGAAAGUGAUUCAUAUAGAGACAAAAAUAUGUAGGGAACGAGAGGUAGGGAGAGGAAUGUGGCAACAGCGAAGUAACCAGCAGCUCUGUGACAACCCUGCACGCUACACUUUAGGACAUACUACUCUCACCUCAGACCUCCACCUUAUGGAGUUGCUUGGACUGUAAGCCAGUCCAGGCUACAAAAUUCAACACUAGGUGCUGGGUACUAUAUGCAUGCUGCCUAUUUUGGGGGGAGUAAAACGGUUCUGAGAAUGUAUUUUUGCAAUCUCAGAUGGUUUUUCUAAGAGCUUGAGAGCUUGAGAUCUCCCUUAAGCUGAAGUCCUCUGUAAAACCAGUUUAACUUAUUUUCCAGGUCUCAGUGUAAGUCCUUGUAAGAUAAUCUUGAAUGUACCCCACAGACAUGCAGCACAGCCCAAGGCACGGGACUGAAUGUACUAUACAAUCCUGCCCCAUUGGAGGAGAUGCUGUGUAGUCUCUUUUUUAUCUUAUUGCAGUUUGACAGCUCAAUUUUUUUUCUCCAGUUUCUUAUUUGGUAGUGCCCAUACUUUGCAGUUUUGUAUCCUAUGAACAAACUGUUUAAAGGGACCAAGAUCAAAUGGAUAAGUGGUCACAUUUUUUUGCAUGCAAGACAUGGACGAUGCAACUAUUACCAUGCAUGCAGACUUGCACACACAGCACUAAGACAAAGCACUUAUGCUGACCUAUACAUGUAUUUUUACAGGCACACAUUCAGACACUGAUAUUUUUCAGCUCGACUUACAUUUUUUAGGUGCAAUCAAAGACCUCAGUCCCACUACAUUUUCCCUUGCCAAUGCCACUUAGAGAGAGAGCAAGAGAGAAGAAUCACAUAAGUAUUUUUAAAUGUUCUUUAUAUAUACACUUAUAUUUACUCAUGUAAAAAUAAAAUUAGACAGGGAUUUAAAUAUAUAUAUACAUUGAGUGGGAGGGAGAGGGGGAGAUGUAUAAUACGUAAAAAUGAUUCAGGUUGUUAUUGUAAAAGAGAAUGUGUUAUCAAUGACUCACCUGGUUAAAUAAAGGCAAAUAAAUAAAUAGAUUCGCCAGGACUGCUCUUUCAAAGUAUUUCUGGUCAUAUUCUGGGGUACCUGGAUGGAAAAUUAUUAGAUGAAUAGCACUUACCGACAAUGAGCCCUCCCUCACCCAAUCUGGACACUUUUCUCGUGCUACAAAUAAUCUCAGGGUUCCAGCUCAGAGACUGACGAACGUCCUCCUGAAACUGACAGAAGUGGGACAUCCUCCUGCCUCAGACAGGCAGGACUAAAGCAAAUGAGAUAGAGAGUUCCCCAGGAGAUGAAGGAUCCCUCAAACCAGGGGUCUGUAGGUCCAAUACAAGACUUUGUUCAAGAGGGAAAGGAAGCAGAUGAUAAGAAGAAAACAAAUAGGUAGUGAAAACACUUUCCAGGUCUCCCAGCUCGGCACCAACAACAAUUUGGAAGGGGUGUUUAGAGUUUGAGCUUUGACCAGUCUGGGGAAGGUGGGGACUCAGGCUCCCUCUGUAUGUUUUUAGGCAGUCUACUGUUUCAGACUGAACUGAAAGUGUGAUGAUUUGUUAAUGAUGCCUUCUCUCCCUAACCCUCCCCCGUUUACCUCACCCUCUCAAAAAACACUCACGGCAUAAUGAAGGGUUAACAGAGCCAUCAGCUACCCCCCAGAGUUAGGGAUUUCAACAUUUAGAUUAUAGAGUAUUUAAGAUGUCAGAAUUUAUAAUGCAAUUUGAAGGAUGAUGAUAGAGUACAAAAAUAUGUAUUUUAUGUUUAUAUAUUUUUCCACACGGUUUAUUUGGGAGCAUUAAAUCUGCCCCUCUGUCUUCAAUGAGAGCACAGAUUUUUAUUAAUCUAUACCAGGAAGUUAAAGUUAGAUUAAUAUCUAUUUUUAUGGAGAGGGACAUUGGGUGUAGCAGGAUAUUACUUUUGAACUAUUCUUAAAGGGGCUUUUGGGAUUUCAAAAAACUCUCAACACCCUCAGUACAAAGCUUGUACAUAGACAAGCUGCAGUGUGAAAGGUUUGGUCAGAGCAGAAUACUUGUAUUACUUUUACCACAAUAAGAAAGAAACACUUACGGGCCUUGAAUAUUUUCUGUCCAAUUAUAUUUCAAUAAUCAUGUUUCACUAUGCAAUGCUGGAACAGUGCGGUUCUUCAUACUGUAUAUAUAAAAGUAGUUGGUAUUUAGGGGGAUACACCUUUCUGGGAGCUUACCACUGUGUCAUAUUGGGACUGUGCAAUAAUGUCUUUCCCGAUUUCAGUUAGGAAGGUCUUAACAGCCCUGGUUAGAUGUCUCAGUAGACUUCAUAAGCAAUCCAGCCUGAGACCCCUUAAAAGUACAGCACAAGAGGUUUUUAAUUCUCUCAACAUAACAACACUCAACUUUUACACAGAACUAGUUUAACUGACUUGAGUUUAUGGUUCGUAAGGCAGAGGAGAUUCUAGUAAGUGAAAUGCUUUGUAAGUGUUUAGAACUUAGAUGGUUAUGUAUUUGCACACCUAAAACUGCUUUUCUUUCUUUUAAGGCAGUUCGCAAUGUGUGCAGUUACAUUUCCUCUCAGUCACUCAGGGAGAUAGCUGGGCUCUCUGUUCCAGUGUUUUCAUCAGUUAACCUAGUCCGACACCUUGCGCGGAAUAGAAGAAGACCUUAAAACCUUGAUCACAGUGUACAUGUUCUUGUGAAUGUUGUUCACAAAAGUAUCAAAGGUUUGAUCCCAGUCUAAUAUCAAUAUUAUUACAGGACUUUUGAGCCUACAUUUUUUAAUAAAUAGGAUCUAAAAUGUAAUUACAUUUACAGAUGGAUUUUAAUCUAUGUAUCCUGUGUUGGUUUUGUUGUGAUCUUUUGUUUCUUAAUUUCUAUCGUAGUCUGUCAUAUUUUUUCUUAUCAGUUUAGUGUCCUCCUUUUUGUCUUGGAGAGUUGUUAUUCUAUUUUUUCAAUAAUAUCUCCCUACAUCUUUUCAUGAUACUUCUAUUUAUCAUGUUUUCAUUCUAUUUUAAGAUGAUUAUUGAAAUCAAUCUAGAUUUAAAAAAAUAUAUAAUUUAGGAUAUAUUAUGAAUAUGAAGCCUAAGAGUAUUUUUUAACACAUUUAAGAGUUCUUGUUGUAGCAACAAUGGAGACACAAUAUGUGGAUUUAAGAAUGUAAUAAAAGUCAUUUUACAAUAA